AUGAGGUGCCUCCAUACGGAUCUCUGUGACAAACGCUUGGCUCCUCAGAGGCUUGUGGUAGACCUAUUGAUCCUGGAGUGCAGAUCUCAUGAGCAAUUGCUUUUUCUAAUUGGUGCUGGGAAAAAAUGUCGAAAAAUGGCUCAAGAAGCUCAGAGCGAGCCUUAUAUAAAAGUAAAAGCAGUUGCCUCUUUUUCUCCUCCUCUCCAGCCCACAACUUCUUAUAGACUGGAAGGCGAUUGCACUCUAACGCAGAAAAUUGAGCUCCUUCGGAGCUCUCGCAGGUACCGAGACGGGCGCAGGCUGAUUCUUGAGGGCCCGCUUGACCUGCUAACAUUGAUCCUCGUGUGCACCCAGACGAACCUCGUGCGCCUCCAGGCUUUCGCCUUUGCCUCCUCGAGACCCUUGUUGACCUACAUUCCUCGCGCGCACCGGCAGAAGAUUCAGGUCUCCACUGUUCUGGCAAAGGGUGUCCUUCUGAACAAGGCUCAUUGGCCAGUGCGUGGCUUGGAUUCCCAGGAUCAUCUGACGAAGCUGCAGGCGACUGGCGCUUGCUUAGCUGCAGGAGACGACGAGUGGAACGCCGCUGCGUCCGCUGAUCCUGAGGCAGCACUUCAGUCUGUCCUAGCUGCCGAAGGUGAUCCCUCUCUGAUGCUGCGAGACGCCGAGUGCGGACGCCUGGUGAUGGAGGUUGUGGCGCUGCUUGUGAGUCAAGGGCCUGUCGGUCUACAGUGGGCAUCGUUUCUCUCGGUGACAAACCACCAGACCUUCGUCUUUGUCGCUUCGCUGCACGACUUGACGCGCCAAACCCCUGAUUAG